CAGGUCUGUGCUAGCAGCUCUGCACAUGCUCCGUCUGGCUCCUCACUCACUCAUUGAGGUUUCUAUUGGUUUAAAGCAACCUUCCGGCCGCUGAAGCGCUAAGACCUGCAGCAUUUCCCUGGCCACGAUCCAAGGAGCCUCGGCCAACGAUGCUGAAGCCGACUGGCGUGUUGGCUGCAGCGUGUGAGCUGGUGUUUUCUCUUCUCCAGAGCCCUGGAUGGUUUUUGUCGUUCUUACGGUAAACGAUGAGACAGGCUACCAUGGAUUUCAGCCCCUCAGCUGUGUUCGAUCAGCAAAAAGGUGACUCAGCCGAGGAAGUCGACCUGACCAUGGUGUAUCAGGCAGCGUCUAAUGGAGAUGUCAGUGCUCUGACUGCCGUGAUUCGAGAGGACCCUUCCAUCCUGGAAUGCUGUGACAGCGAAGGAUGCACGCCCUUGAUGCAUGCGGUUUCUGGGCGUCAAGUAGACACGGUGAAACUGCUGUUGAAGAUGGGCGCCAACAUUAAUACCCAGGACGCGCAUGGCCGCACCAGUUUGUGCCUGGCAACCUACCUGGGCUGGCUUGAAGGCUGUGUGAGUCUGCUCAGAAACGGUGCCAAGCACAACAUCCCAGAUAAAAACGGCCGCCUGCCACUGCAUGCUGCCACCGCAGAGCCCGAUGUGAGGCUCCUCACAGUCCUGCUGCAACAAUCCAGCCUCAGUGAGAUCAACCAUCAGGACGCGGAGGGAAUGACACCGCUCCACUGGGCAGCUUUCCAUAACCGGCCUCAACACACCCAAGUACUGCUGAAGAAGGGGGCAGAUCCCACUCUCCUGGACAAGGACUUUAAGACGGCCCUCCACUGGGCAGCCCAGAGUGGAAAUAGGAUCCUGUGCUCCAUCAUUCUGAGUCACCAUAAGGGCCCGUCCAUUAUCAACUAUGAUGAUGAGAGCGGAAAGACGUGCGUCCAUAUCGCAGCAGCUUCGGGUUUCGGCGACCUUAUUAACGAUCUGGCAAAAAUCCCUGAGUGUAACCUGCAGGCUCUGGAUGUGGAUGACAGGACACCCAUGCACUGGGCUGCAGCUGCCGGAAAAGCAGAAUGUGUCCAGGCACUGCUGGAGCUGGGCAUGGACUGCAACCUGAGGGACAUUAAUGAGAGCACACCCCUGGCCUACGCCCUCUACUGCGGUCACACAGCCUGUGUCAGGCUUCUCUCCCAAGAAGGCCGCGCAGAACCUGCUCGGCCUCUUCCUUCCCAGAACAGCCGACCCCAAAAGAAGGAAGAACGAUUCGGCGUGCUCAACCAGAUCUUCUGCACAAACAAGAAAGAAGAGCAGAAAGCCCAUCCAAAGGACCACAGCAGGGACAGACACAAGGAGGAGGACACCUCGGAAGUCAAUGACAUCAUUGCCACCUUUGACAGUGUCGUGGAUACCAACUGCCAAGAUCAGCCUGGUGAUCAGGUGGCUAUGGUUGUCUUUAAGAAGAGGACCUCAGAGAAUUCAAAGUAUCUCUUGCCAGAAAGGAAACCCCUAGCCCGGAAAGGACUUCCACCAAUCAGAACACAGAGUCUCCCACCCAUCACUCUGGGCAAUCACUUCCUGACAGCCUCCCAUGGAGUCACUUCCCAUGCUGGCCUAAGCUCUGGUCCUCAGCACACAGCCCAACGUUCUCAGAAAAGUCGAAGUGAACAGGACUUAUUAAAUAACAGGACUGGCUGCCAGAUGUCACUAGAUAAUCCCUGGAAAGGUGACACUAACCAAGGGUUCUCCUGCAAGGCUUGGACCGUGUCUUCUUCUGAUAAGUUACUAGAUAGGCUAUUUGCUGGCCAGCCCAGUCACCAGGAGCUCUCUGGGCCACCUCAUCUUCCUCAUCUACAUAAUCCCUCACCAGGACAAACUCUGCAGCAUCUCUCCCCAAACAGACCUAAAUUCAGGGAUCUCCCUCUCACUCGGAACAGCCUUGCACCUCUGCCGGACCAAAAAUUUCUGUCUGGAGAACCCCUGAGAACAAACCGAGUACUUCCAGCCAUUCCAAGCCAGCGGGGUCACGGCCCACCAGGUGAAGAGAGCAAGCCGUCUGCCAGUCCCACCCACGAUGAAAACUGACUGGGGUCGCGCCCUGUGGAAAUCUAGAAGAUCUAUAUUUUUCAACUUCUGCGGGUGAGAUUACUCUAGUUUAUAUGAGCAAAGUCUUAAUUUAGUUAGCUGUAUUGUUCUACAAGCCAUUCACAGUUUUAUAAUUCAAGAUUCCUUAUUUCAAAUAAACAUCCUUCCUAAAUACGCACUUAAAAUCUUCGGGUGUGCAAACACCACCAAGUCUGUGAGUUCCUGUGAGCCCCCUACACACUGUAAUUCAGAAACAAAAUACAUCACUGGCAGGAAGAUUCAGUAUGUUUCAUUCAUGUGUAUGGCAUGUUUGCUGUUUUUUUCUGGGUUGUUUUGG